UUUCUGUUAAACCUAAUGUCUUGUUUCCCAGGAAUGAGUAUAUAUGGAGAUAGGUUUCCAGAUGAAAACUUUAAACUGAAGCACUAUGGCAUUGGUUGGGUCAGCAUGGCUAAUUCUGGUCCACAUACUAAUGGUUCCCAGUUUUUCAUUGCUGUGACAAGGCCUGGCUGGCUAGAUGGAAAGCACGUCGUGUUUGGAAAAGUCAUUGAUGGCAUGUCAGUAGUGCAUGGUAUAGAACUUCAGCCAACAGAUGAACAUGACCGGCCUCUUCAAGAUUGUGUGAUUGUUAACAGUGGAAAAAUAGAUGUAAAAGAACCAUUUGUGGUUGAAGUAGAUGACUGGACAAGUUGACAGCAAUGUCAGCAAAGGAACUACAAUGGUUUCUCCUCUGGGUAUACACUAUAAGAGACUAUUAUCUGAAAAUGUUUUUCAAAGAGAAUAUAGUAAGCUCACAAGUGGCAGCACUGAAAUACAUGGAUAUUGACUGAAGAAUCACUGAAGACUGUGUUGCUGUCCCAGGAGAGUUUUAUAGAAAAACAUCAAAUACAUCAUUAAAUAUAUGUAAGUGGUUGAAUAUAA